AUGUUAUCUUAUGAGAACGCUCUUUUCACUGUUCAGGUCACAAGAAAACAUUUCUUUAAGGAUAAAAACUAUUCUCUGUAUUUGUUCUCUGAAGAACUUGUUAUGACUGAUGUAUGAAGUACUUCAAGAUUGAUUAGGACAUCACUAAAUAACCUAAGUAUAAUCUCAAGAUGAAUCUCACGACUACUAUUAAGUGGAUUUUGGAAGAAAAACGUAUUGUGGGUUUCGAAUUUUCAUAUAAUAAUGGUUAUAAGAUAGUUUAUGGAUCAAAACUCAAUUUACUAAAAGAAAUGAUUGCAGGGAAAAUAUUUUAUCAGCCAAUCCUUUCAUUUUAUCAAUUUUAAAUGGAGAUGGGAAGUGGUAUGACAGGAUCUGUAUAUAGAUGUGUUGCUGCUGACAAUGCUAAUUUAUACUAUGCAAUCAAAAAGAUUGAUAAAUUGAAGAUUGCUUAACAUGAAGGUGGAAUUGUAAGAAUCCUUAUAAAUAUUACAUUAAUUAGCCAUAAUUAGUUCAUGAACUCUCUCUCUUAUCUUCACUAUCCCAUCCAAACAUAGUGAAACUUAAAGAAACAUACACAGAUAAUUAAUAUUAUUAUAUCAUAAUGGAAUAUAUCAAUGGCAGAACCCUAUAUUCGGAGCUCUCUAGUAGACAGUAUGGAUUAUCCAUAAUAGAAACUAUUAAAAUUAUGAGAGUAAAGCUGUUUGAAUUAAAUAAUAGGAAUUGUUGGAAGCAGUUUCAUAUAUCCAUGACAAGGGAGUGAUGCAUAGAGACAUUAAUCCACUCAAUAUUAUGAAAGCAGAUACAGUAAAGUUGAUUGAUUUUGGUUUGGCAAGGAAAAUUAAAAAUCAAUUGAACUUUCCAACAUCAGGUACACCUGGAUAUAUGGCUCCUGAGAUAAUUAAUUAUAAUAAAGACAAGUAAUAUGAUGAGAAGGCUGACAUCUAUAGUCUUGGAUGUUUACUCUAUAAAUUGUAAAUAUUAUAUAUUUAAUAUAAUAUUAGAUUGACUGGUGAAAAUCUGUUUAAUCCUAAAUCAGCUAAAUAAUCAAUUUAUCAAGUAAACAAAGAUGGGUUUUUCGAAUUAAAGAAGCAACCUUAGCAUCCAGAAGUAAAUUCUAUGAAAAUGGAGUAACUCUUUAUCUUGUUACCUUAUAUGCUUGAAAUAGAUCCAUCAAAUAGAUUAUCUGCUAAGAUUUGUCUCACUAUCAUUGAAGAGAUUGAUAACAAUAAUCAAAAUAUUGAUAGACUUAUUAAGAAGAUCCUUAUAAGAAAAUCACUUAACACAACAACAAUCGAAGAAUAAAGAAGUUGUGAACGUAUAUCUAAAGGAAAGAUUGCUAAAUAAUCUAUUGAUGGAAUCUCUAAAAAAAGUUUGGAUGAACUCUCAAUCUUUACAAAAAAAGUUAUGGUUUAAAAUCAAUAAAAAGUCAUUCUCCCUCAUAAAAAGUAAGCUUGA